AUGUUUGUAACUUUCAUCGUUUUGAAUGAGCUUGCCAUUGUGCUUUACUUGUGCACGUUGAUCUUAGAGCUGAACUAUGUAACCUAUUGUGUGAUUUGUUCACUUAUAACACCAUGCGAAGUAAUUAUAUUUGCGAUUCUCAUUCCAUCUGUAACAAAUCUCAAGGCACAAGAAGCAAACUGGAGCUCUAUAAGAAAAAAAAAGGCUGCGGAAGCGGUUCUAUACCAGAGGGAGAAAGAAGCUGAGGCUCAAAAAGCCAUUGCCGAGGCUGCAUUUUAUGCUCGUCAACAGGUUGCCGAAGGAGAAUUAUAUGCCAUGAAAAAAGAGGCUGAAGGAAUUAUGGUUCUUGCACAAGCCCAAGGCAUUUACAUACGCACCCUAAUGGACACAUUGGGAGGAAAUCAUGUGGCUAUGAGGGAUUACUUGAUGAUUAAUGGGGAACGUUUCAGGAAAUCGCAAAGAUCAACGCCAAUGCUGUGCAUGGAUUGCAGCCAAAAAUUAGCAUUUGGACGACGGGAGGAGCAAACUGGAAUGCUACCCUAG